AAACUCUUGCAGAUAAGUCAUAUUCACUCUUUACUGAAAUCGGACGGAGGCGCGAACUGGCUGAGCUAGUGCAAACACUGAAGGGGUUCAAAGAACGAGCGCUGGACGCAGAAAAACAGGUGAAGGAGCUUACGGAUGACAACCAAAAAUUGAAAUUACAGUUAGACGCGUCUAUCCUAAAAGCAAGCACAUUUAAAAAUGAAUCAGAGACCCUUAAAGUUGAGCUUAAAAAACAGUCAGAUGUCAUGAGAGCUAAACAGAACACAAUUGGCAAUCUUAAGACCGCAUUGGAUGCAAAACAAAAGGUAAUCGAAGCUCAUAAAGAGGAGAUUAAGAGACAACGCAAAGCUGCACAAGAGACAGAAGUGGAAGUGAAAAGAAAUCGCCAGAUUGAAGAAACAACAAUGAAGCGAAUAAAGCACAAAGAUGAAGAAAAUUUGAGCCUACGAAAGGAAGUCACGUCACUACACAAGUCUUUGUAUGAUUUUGAGAUGAAGUUGUCAAAACUAGAUUUGCAGUACCAAAUCCUCCAGGAGAAAUCUGAACAGGCUCAUACAGACAAAGCAAUCCUGGAGAAAAAAAACCACACACUGGAAAUUUCUACAGCGAGUCUUGAGAGAGAGGCUGUUGAAACCCAGACACUGCUAGAAAAGUCCCAGCAAGAGAAUGAGUUACUUAAGAAUCAAGUGGAGCAGGUCAAGAUAAAGCUGGCUGAAACGAUUCAGAGCUCCAAGGAAAGUAAGAUCAAAUUUGAAAAAGACCUCCUGCGUACACAGGAGGAUUAUAUGAAACUGAAUAUGGAGAGAGAAGAAGCUCUGACAAAAACCAAAAGAGCCACAGAAGGACUUUACUCUAAUGAGAAAAAAAUUGGAAUACAGGCUGAUUUAAUUCGUGAACAGGAAUGUAAGAUUAUAGAGCUAAAUAAGGAAGUUCUGCGACACCAGGAGAAUGCUCAGAAAUUUAAAAUGGUUAGAGCAACUUAUUCAAAGGUGCAAAGGUUAGGGUUAGAUGAAGAGAAAGGAGAUAUUAUACUUCUCCCAGACACCGACAGGAAAACGGAAAAACUCAAAAUGUAUCGCGCUGAGAACCGCAGAAUGUCCAAAACACUGGAAGAGAAAGACAUAGAAAUUGAGAAUCUCAAGGUUCAGGAGAACAAUCUGCAGGAUGUGGUGAAAAAUCUCAAGUCUAAGUUAGACUAUCUGCCGGACGAUACAUUGCAUAAAAUCCAGGUGAGUCAGACCGACAUUAGAGCUCUCAGAAAACAGAUAAAAGCCCAAGAAGCAGAGAUAAAAACGUAUGUAGCAACAAUAAAACUGCAAGAUGCCAACAUCAAAGAAUUGACAAAUAAUCUUAAAGAGAUCUCAUUUUCAAAGAAAGAUGAUCUUCCGCCAAUUAAGUCAAGAAAUAUCAAACUGAAAUCUCAGGACACAAACCCAAAGUCUAUGAAGAAACCCCAAAAUAUUGUUUUUCUUCCACCUCUUCUAAUCACUCCAUAUGGAAAAGCGAAAAAGUAA